GUGGGGCUCAGUGUGACCAGGCAGAGGCCAGUGUUGCAGCAGGCAGCCAGUGGAGAGAGUGUGUCUCGGAGCGGGACGUGCCCGGGGUGGAUAAACCAUGCUCACUACGAGGGAGAAAGACUCUGCCCAGGACACAAGAUGAAAGUGGAGAGGAAGACCUCCUCUACAGGCCACGCUUUUACAGACAUUCCUUCACCGGUGACGCUCGCUGGCCUCCUCCUCUUCCUCCUCCUCCUCCUCCUCCUCGCAGGCGAGGGGUCGGGCGUGAACGUCACCAGCCACGCCCAGACGGUGAGGGGCACGGUGGGCCGCGAGGCCCUGCUGUCGGUCAGCUACUCCAGCAGCAGCGCCGACAGGCCCGUCAUCAAGUGGCAGCUGAAGCGGGACCAGGACAAGCCCAUCACCGUGGUGCAGUCCAUCGGCACGGACAUCAUCGGGAACCUGAGGCCCGAGUACCGCAGCCGCAUCCUGGUGUUCGAGAACGGCUCGCUGCUGCUCCACGACCUGCGCCUGUCGGACGAGGGCGCGUACGAAGUGGAGAUCUCCAUCACGGACGACAGCUUCACCGGGGAGCGCCGCGUGGAGCUCACCGUGGACGUGCCCGUGUCCAAACCCUACAUCCAGAUGAUGGCGUCGUCCGUGCUGGAGUACAGCGAGCACUUCCACCUGCACUGCUCCCACGAGAACGGCACCAAGCCCGCGUACAGCUGGCUGAAGGGCGGCGCGCUGCUGGCCAACGACUCGCGCCUGCUGCUCUCGCACGACCGCAAGGUGCUGACCAUCGCGCGCGUGCUCAUGUCCGACGACGACGUGUACGUGUGCGCCGCCGAGAACCCCAUCGGCAGCGCGCGGAGCGCGCCGGUCCGCCUCACCGUCUACAGAAGAAGCUCGCUGUACAUCAUCCUGUCCACUGGGGGCAUAUUCCUCCUCAUCACCCUGGUGACGGUGUGCGCCUGCUGGAAACCCUCCAAGAAGAAGCAUCGACCCGUUCCCCAGAGAGCUCCCAUCUACGUGGAGCAGAAUGAAAACGGCCACGACGUUGAUGUUGUGCCCAAACCCAGCACGCUUGAUCGCAGGAGUCCCAUGCCUCUGUAUGUUCUCAAUGAAGAUGAGACUCUGGAGCGUCUGGAGGAGUGUCCCGGCAACGCUGUCGGCCAAUCAGAGAUCAGCAUCCCCGUCGCCUACGCUCCGGUCCUCCCGCCCUCUGCCAACAGAACUGAACGGCCCAUUUGGUCGACCCCACGCCGGUACCCCCGCAGCCCCUCUCCGCUGGCUCAGCUCCCCCCCCACCUGCCCCCCGGGCCCUCCCUGCGCUCCGUCCCCUCCCCGGCCCACUCCCCAGGCUCGUCUCCACGCAGCUUCAGCCCAAUAAGGAAGGUCCGCCCCCCCGUGGGCAUCCCGACCAGCCACAUGCCGGUCGAGGCAGAGUGUCCAGAUGCCAGCGACCAGACUCACUGUCCACCACAGCAGUGAUGCAUACUUUCAUUCUGUGAUAUGUAAAGUACAUGUAUAGUUUCUGGGCCUACUGCUGUGUCCUGCUUAAGGAUAAUGGACGUGAUGCACUAGAAUAAGAGAUUGAUUUACCUUCAUCUAAUUCUUUGUUUCCCUGUUCCAGUAUUUAUCAUUUCUUUCUUUCUGGUUAUGAUGGUAUGUCUUUAGUGGUUUAUUAAAGGUGAUGAUAAAUAUUUUAUAAUAAAUAAGUUGUAGUUUAUGUUAAUAUUCUCCCAUAUGAAAGUUACAUACCCUGUGCAUCCGCAUAUAGUGUUUUUGUGUAUGAUGCUGAAACAGUAAAGCAUUUUCACCAUAUUUUGCUCUCAGUUUUAAAACACAAACUGUAUUUGUAUCGUACUAUGUCACUGCACCUAAGGUAAUAAAACACUUUAAAUCA